CACGGCGACUGCAUCAGACUGGAGACACACGCCGGGACAUAAUAGAGCGGAGAUAUCGAGGCUUUGAUGGUCCUUCCUCCCCCCCUGCACACACACAGACGCACAAACGCCAGGAUACUGAUUCCGGUCGAGACAUGUAGUCCCGUGUAUGAGCAGCCAGGAGAAUCUGUAGCCUUCAGCGCUCAUUUUUCAGCAGCAUCAUCUCACGAUAUCGACAUAAUGUGGCUUGCUCUACCGGAGGGAAAAUAACCAAAUAUGUGGAUACCUACAGAGGAGGAGAAAAUCGGAGUUGUGAUCUGCAACUUCCGGUCAUCAAUAUGUCAGGCCCUGGUCCUGGAGAUUGGGGAAACUGUACAGAUCCUGGAGAAGAGUGAAGGUUGGUACAGAGGCUUUUCCACCAAGAAGCCUUCUAUCAAGGGUAUUUUCCCAGUCAGCUAUGUCCAUUUGAAGAAAUCCACAGUGACCAACAGAGGGCUGUGUGAGACAGUGGUGCCCCUCGAGGACCCUAUUAUCACAGAGACCACCUCCACACUGCAGGAAUGGGGGGUCUUGUGGAAGCAGCUCUAUGUGAAACACAAGGUGGAUCUAUUCCAUAAGCUGCGUCACGUGAUGAAUGAGCUCAUCGACUUGCGUCGGCAGCUGAUCCAGGGUCACCUCGCCCAGGAUCAGACUCGUGAGAUCAAGAGGCACAUCACUGUACGGCUCGACUGGGGCAACGAGCACCUUGGCUUAGACCUUGUUCCCAGAAAAGAGUUUGAAAUGGUGGAUCCAGAUCAGAUCAGCGUAUCAGAACUACACAAACUGCAUGUAUCCAGCAGACACUGUGGUCAGCAAAGCACAAACCAGGGUGACAGCACGAGACAGCGCCAUGGUGACGGUUGCCGUGUACCCGUGUCGCACCACCUCUUCAUCAAUCUGAAGAGCUUUACUUACAACAGCAUCAGCGAGGACGCAGACGUCUUCUUCUUUCUGUACGACACUCGCGAGGCCAAACAGAUUAGUGAGAAGUUCAUGGUGAAACUGAACAAAAAUGGAGGACCAAAGAAUCCAGAGAAGGUUGAUCGUCUGUGUGCUCUCUUCACGGACCUGAGCAGUAAAGACUUGAAGAGAGACCUGUACAUUGUUGCACAUGUCAUAAGAACUGGUCGUAUGCUGCUAAAUGAUUCAAAGAAAGGGCCGCCUCAUGUGCAGUACAGACGACCUUAUGGCUGUGCUGUUCUCGCCAUGAGUGAUGUUUUCCACACCAUCACAGACCUCAAAGAGGAGAAAGACUUUGUGUUAAAAGUUUACACAUGUAACAAUGAGAACGAGUGGUACCAGAUACAGGAGAACAUUAUCCGCAAGUCCAACACCAAGUACUCAGCUCCCAGCACCAACUAUGGCCUCAUCAUUUCCCUGCAGCUGCUGCGGGGUGAGCUGGAGCAGAUCAGACGGGAGAACCAAGCUGUGUUCAACAGGGCCCUGGCACUCACACGCAAACUGGGUUUCCCAGAUGUCAUCCUGCCAGGUGACACACGCAAUGACCUGUAUCUGACCCUGGAGCGGGGGGAGUUUGAGAGGGGCGGCAAGAGCGUCCAAAAGAACAUCGAAGUCACGCUCUAUGUACUCUACGCCGACGGGGACACUCUCAAAGACUGCAUCAGUUUGGGCAGCGGGGAGCCCAGCUCCAGCGAAUAUCGCUCCUUUGUCCUGUACCACAACAACAGCCCUCGCUGGAGUGAGAUGGUCAAGUUGCCUAUUCCCAUAGAUCGUUUCAGAGGAUCCCACCUACGCUUUGAGUUCAGACACUGCUCCACUAAAGACAAAGGAGAGAAAAAACUGUUUGGUUUUGCCUUCACUCCCCUGAUGAGAGAAGAUGGGACCACACUGUCAGACGAGAGCCAUGAGCUAUAUGUGUACAAGUGUGAUGAAAAUGCCACCUUCAGUAACCAGGGCCUGUACCUGAGUCUGCCCUGUUGUAAAGAGGACUUCAACAGCUGCCCCAACCUGCCAGCCAACCUGCCCUUCCAGAGAAGCCCCAAAGAAACCUUCUGGGUGUCCACGAUACUCUGCUCCACCAAACUCACACAAAACGUGGACCUUCUGGCUCUUCUGAACUGGAAGGCCCAUCCAGACAGGGUGUUGGACAUCCUCGGUCGAUUACGUCAGAUCAGCGGAGAGGAGAUCGUCAAGUUCUUGCGAGAUGUCCUGGAUACGCUCUUCUGUCUUUUAGAUGACAACACUGAUAAAUAUGGACCGCUGGUUUUCCAGUCACUGGUGUUCAUCAUUAACCUGCUCAGGGAUAGCCGUUUCUACCACUUCAGACCUGUCAUGGAUUCCUACAUCCAAAACCACUUUGCUGGAGCUCUGGCAUACAAAGAGCUGAUUCGAUGUCUUAAGUGGUACAUGGACCGCUCGGCCGAGGUCGUCCGACAGGACCACAUUCAGGAAGCCAUGAGGGCUCUAGAGUACCUGUUUAAGUUCAUUGUCCAGUCUCGUAUCCUGUACUCGAGAGCCACCUGCGGGAUGGAGGAGGAGCAGUUCAGAGCUAGCAUCCAAGAGCUCUUCCAGUCGAUCCGCUUCGUCCUGAGUCUGGACAGCCGCAGCUCAGAGAACCUGGUGUUCACGCAGGCUGCACUGUUGAACAGUUUCCCUGAUAUCUUUGACGAGCUGCUGCAGAUGUUCACCGUUCAGGAGGUGGCCGAAUAUGUCAGGGGCACCCUUGGGAGCAUGCCCAGCACAGUGGACAUUGGCCAGUCUAUGGAUGUAGUCAAACUGCAGUCCAUCGCUCGUACAGUUGAAAGCCGCCUCUUCUUCUUCCCUGAGUCUCGUAGUAUUCUGCUGCCAGUGGUUCUGCAUCACAUCCACCUGCAUCUGCGCCAGCAGAGGGAGCUGCUCAUCUGCUCUGGGAUCCUUGGCAGCAUCUUUUCCAUAAUUAAGACAAGCUCAAUGGAGUCUUCUGUUCAGGAGGAGGUGGAGAUGAUGGUGGAGAGCCUCCUGGAUGUGCUGCUGCAGACUCUGCUGUCCAUCAUGAGCAAGUCUCACUCUGUGGAGACGUCCAGAGGACAACGCUGUCCCCAGUGCACUGCCGAGAUAACGGGGGAGUAUGUUUCCUGUCUUCUCUCUCUGCUCCAGCAAAUGACGGAGAUCCACUUUCACCAUCUACUCAACAACUUCCACAGCAAAGAGGAGCUUAAGGAGUUCCUAUUGAAGAUCUUCUGCGUGUUCCGCAAUCUGAUGAAACUGACGAUCUUCCCCCGGGACUGGAGCGUCAUGAGGCUUCUAACUAGUCAUAUCAUCGUGGUGACUACACAGUUCCUGUCUCCGGCGCUGCACAAGAACUUCUCAGAGACAGAUUUUGAUUUCAAGGUGUGGAACUCCUUUUUCAGCCUCACUGUACUGUACAUCAACCAGCCCAGUCUGCAGCUGGAGGCGCUCGGCCCGGCUAAGAGAAAGAAAGUCCUUGACAAGCAUGGAGAUAUGAGAGUGAUGAUGGCUUAUGAGCUCUUCAGCAUGUGGCAAAAAUUAGGUGACAACAAGCCCCACUUCAUCCCAGGAAUGAUGGGUCCCUUCCUUGGUGUCACUCUGGUGCCUCAGACGGAGGUUCGAAAUAUUAUGAUCCCCAUUUUCCAUGACAUGAUGGAUUGGGAGCAAAGGAAAAACGGCAACUUCAAACAGGUGGAGGCAGAGCUGAUGGAUAAGCUGGACAGCAUGGUGUCAGAUGGGAAAGGCGAUGAUAAUCACAGAGAGCUCUUCAGCCUUUUGACCCAGCUGUUUGGUCCUUAUCCAAGCCUGCUGGAGAAGAUAGAGCAGGAGACCUGGAGAGAGACAGGGAUCUCAUUCGUCACAUCAGUCACAAGACUUGUCGAGCGAUUACUGGAUUACAGGGACUGCAUGAAAGGAGAUGAGAUGGAGAACAAGAAAAUUGGUGGUUCUGUCAACCUCAUGAACUUCUACAAAUCAGAGGUCAACAAGGAGGACAUGUACAUCCGUUACAUCCACAAGCUGUGUGACCUGCAUCUCCAAGCAGAGGACUUCACAGAGGCAGCGUUCACCCUGCUGCUGUACUGGGAGCUGCUGCAGUGGGAGGACCGGCCCCUGAGGGAUUUCCUUCACUACCCCUGUCAGAGCGAGUGGCAGCGUAAGGAGAACCUGAGUCGUAAAAUCCUGCACUACUUUAACAAGGGCAAGUGCUGGGAAUAUGGAAUCUCUCUCUGCCGGGAGCUGGCUUUCCAGUACGAGACUUUAUAUGAUUAUCAGAGCCUCAGCUGGAUACGGAAAAUGGAGGCAGCGUACUAUGACAACAUCAUCGAGCAGCAGAGGAUCGAGCCGGAGUUCUUCAGGAUGGGCUUCUAUGGCAGGAAGUUUCCUUUCUUCCUCAGGAACAAGGAGUUUGUCUGUCGUGGUUAUGACUAUGAACGGCUCGAGGACUUCCAGCAAAGGAUGCUGGGGGAAUUUCCACAAGCCAUCGCCAUGCAGCAUCCCAACCAACCUGAUGACACCAUCCUGCAGAGUGAUGCUCAGUACUUGCAGAUCUAUGCGGUGACUCCAGUGUCAGACAUCUCUGAUGUGCCUCAGCUGGAGCGUGUGCCCGAGAGGAUCAAGAGCUUCUACCGCAUAAACAAUGUCAGCCGCUUCCACUAUGACAGGCCUUUCCACAAGGGGCCCAAGGACCGCGAGAAUGAGUUCAGGAGUCUGUGGAUUGAGAGAACAACCCUGAUCCUCUCCCGUCCUCUCCCUGGGAUCUCCCGCUGGGCGGAGGUGGAAAGGAGAGAAGUGAUGGAGGUGAGCCCUCUGGAGAAUGCCAUCUAUGUGGUGGAGAAUAAAACCCAGGAGCUGCGGACUCUGAUCAGCCAGUACCAACACAGACAGCAUCAUGGCAACAUCAACCCGCUCAGCAUGUGCCUAAAUGGUGUCAUAGAUGCUGCUGUGAAUGGAGGCAUCGCCAGAUAUCAGGAGGCCUUCUUUGAUAAAGACUACAUCAGUAGUCACCCAGAAGACACAGAGAGGAUCACACAUCUGAAGGAUCUGAUGCAGGAGCAGGUGCACAUUCUCGGAGUGGGGCUGGCUGUUCACGAGAAGCUGGUGCAUCCAGAGAUGCGUCCCCUGCACAAAAAGCUUGUAGACCAGUUCCACAUGAUGAGGACAGGUUUACACCAUUAUAUUGUUGGGUCCCAGCAGGGUGUGCCCGGCGUGGAUCGAUUCGGCCCGGCAGGCUGCCAAGGGGUCAACUCUCCCAGAGGCAUCCUCUCCUCUCAUAGCCACAUGAGCCCUGAGAGUGUCCGUCUCAUACACAGACACAGCCCCCUGAACCUCCAGGGUUCGAUCCGUCACUCAUCCUCCUCCCUGUCCUCUCACACAUCAAGUGAAGCAGGGAACCUUGUCAUAAUGACUGACGGCCUGAUGGGGGAGCACCCUGAGGAGGCGUUACACAUGCAGCCAAGCCCCUCCUCCUCCAGCCUGAGCUCAAUCCGCUCCAACUCUUCUCAGAUUAUUAACUCUGCUCCCUCGAGUGCCAGAGGCUCUCCGUCUUUGCCCGAUAAGGCCAAACACAACCGGGAAGUGAUGAUACUGUUGCCGUCUCAUCGUGAGAGGGCCAACAACUCCAUGUAUUACAACAUGGCAGAGAAUGGACAGAACAACCACAUGCAGCGUGCCUUACUUCAGCAAGUUAGCCCCUGUAAGCCGUGUGCUGACCCUCACAUGAAUCUACCAGAGAAAGUGUUUCCCAACACUCCCAGCGGCUGGGGCAUGGACGGAGAGAACAGGGAGCAGGUGUCCUACAUGCCAGCCUCUACUGGAGGAGUGAUCAUGCCCCCAGUCCCACCCAGGUCCUUCCCACCAGGACACUUCCUGAUGCACUGUGAUGCAUAUCACCAUCAGAACAGCGACCCUCCCCCUGCCCUGCCCGUCCGCUCUCUGAGAAAGUCUCCUCUCCACCCGAUCCCAGGCUCCCCCACUAGUCCUCAGUCAGCUCUGGGUGGCAGUAACUCCACUCUGUCAGGCAGUGCCAGCAGCGGCGUCUCCUCUCUGAGUGAGAGUAACUUCGGAGGCCAGUAUCCAGACCCCGGCCCCAUCAGGAACGACGCCUUGGAGCCUCUUCCCAGCCACCUGUGGUCCCCACCUGACGAGUACAUGGCCUCUCCCUACCUGCACAUCCACUACGGUGGACCGGAGAUCGACUCCGUGGACCCGGUCCGCCCCUUCCACUACCGCAGCCCCGCCUCACACCCACACAAUCACCCGCAUCCUCAUGCCCACGCCCACCCCGGGCUGGACAGCCACUCCCACGGGCCGCCGCCUCACCACCAUCCUCCCACCCACGGCCCACACCACAUCCCUUACCGCAGGCCUCAGCCUCCAGCCGUGCCACCUAAACCCUACCUGAGAGAGGGCUGCAUCCCUGAGGAGGAGCUGCCGCCUCAGCCCAUCCCACUGCCCCGCAGGAUCUUCCACUCCCCUCACGGCCACCGGGAGGACCAGGGGAAACACCCCUGGGAGCAGUGCAUCAGCGAGGAGCACGAGGAGACCCAGUGAUGACGAGGCUCCGGCUAAUUUCAGUGAGAGCUUUCUUCCCCUUGUCUUCUUCCCUUCAUCUGCACUGAGUUAAAGGAACAGUAACAGGAAGUGUCUUGUCAGAAGCAGUGGAGUGAGUUCAGUCGACCCCUCUCGCUCUGUGAUUUAAUUUCAGUGCACAUGAAGGAAAGAAAAGAGGGAGUGAAUCUCGAUGAGUCGACAGUACGAGGCACAACUGCCGUCACUGCUCCGGGUGGCCUCUUAGAUAUUAUUAAAAGAAAUUUAUCUGUUGAACAAUAAGACAGACUAACUUUGUUCUGAAAUUGAUAUUGAUUGUACACAAUUGUACAACUCGUCUGUGAGCAUGUUUUUUCAUUUGAUGAAUAAUACGACAACAGUUUUGUGAAAUACGACAACCGUGAUCAUCACCAACAUGAUCCCAGGUGCAGUUUAAGCUCUGAACUCCCUUAAUUUUGCUUUUCAUGGCAUUUUCACAACACAAGGCAACGACCGAUGGUUAUUACUCACAGUGAAGUGACUUCUCUGCUUUAAAUGCUUCAUAUAUAUGAAUUCUUAUUUUGAUAAAUAAAUACAUAAUACAAAAUACAUUAUAGUGUUUUCAAAGGCUUAUGUCCAUUAUGUUUUUCAAAACACUGUUAAGUGCUCCUUAAUAGUGAAUCAUAUCAAAUGGCGCACUCUGAUACGUGUUGCUGUCAUGGAUCGCAGGUCUCUAAGGUUGGACUUUGCAGCUCUCCUCUCGGACCGGCAUCUCAAGGGACACGAACUCCAGUCACUGACGAUUUCCCGUCCGUACCGCUGCGUAUGGAAACCUACGUGAAUGUAUUCAGAUGAGAUGUUCUAUUUGUAUUGCACAAGCUGCAAUGCUGGUUUUUGUUCAAGUGCUUUAAGUUCAGUCUAUGUUGAAGAAGUCUAUUUGUCUCUUUUGUGUGACAAAGAUAUCUUGAGAGGAAGGAGAGAGGACACUGAGGACAGUGACAGACGGGUCCCACACCUGUCAUGUUCAAUGUUCGCGGUGACAGAAGACAGGAUGGAACGAGAACUCUCCACACCUCAAACCACCUGCUGGACUGCUGAACACGAACACCAUUCUCUCUCCCUUUCUCCCUCCAUCUUUUUCCUUCUCUGUAUGGUUGUCAGACCAUGUUAAGCAGUGAGGGCUGAACCUGGACAGCUGCAGUGGCAUUGCGUUGCGUCUGAUGACACUGUCUAGACCCCCGCCCACUGAGUGGCCAGUCAAAGAGCCCACUCAGACAGCGUUGGAAUCGCCUACCUGCCUUAAGUGCACUCAAAUGCAGUUUGACCUCUCAUCCGGACUGUGAGAAGCUCAUUUAGCGACAGCCGUUCUCCUUUUCAUUCUGUUCACUAUACGCUCCCCGAAGGAAAAAAGAAAAACACAAAAAAAGAUAUCUACCUAGUGAUGUUUUGUAUGGUUUUGUCCCGCUUUGGUUUCAGGUUGUUGUUUGGUUUGUAGCGCUAAUAUUUCUUAUUCUGCCUGCGGCUCUUUCUCAAUCACCUUCUGUUGUGUGAAAACUAAUGAUGUGUUUCAGAAGAAUGCUGACUGAGAGAGAGAGGUUUACUUUUUGUGGAGCAGAAGAAACAGCGCUGUUUAUCGCGAUAUAGUGGGUUGGAAGGAUAUAGCUAAUAUUUUAACAAUGACUUGUUUUCCUGGUUGUUUUUUCCUUUUUUUUUGCAGGUGGAUGCUUUGUGUUACUGUACAUCAAGUUGUCAGCUGACUAGACAACAUCUAUUUUUGUAUGUGAGAUCAUCAGUUGUGUGAACAUAUUUCAGAAACCGUACCGAGACAGAAGGCCCAGGUACCGCAUCAGCUGCUGUACUUUGUAUGGAGACGAGCCUGAGGUUAGAUAUAUACAAUAUGUGAGUGUGAGCCUGAUGGCGCUGAGGAUAACUGGUGACUGAAGUGAUACUCAAAAUAUGGGUACAAUAGAAUUUUUCAAUGUAAAUUCUGUUAUUGUACAUACAGCAGUAUUGUGAAAUAUUUUUGAGAAUUAUUGCAGACGCCCCAAAAAGGUUUAUCGUUGUUUUGUGUAUAUACAUGUACUCCAGAGAUCAAUGUAAUUGAUAAAUAUCUAUAAUCAGUGUUUGAAAAAGGACAAAUCCAUUAGACUGUGGCUGUCUCAACCGUUCUUGACUUUGAGUCUUCUCAUAUAAAUACUUUAUACACUUUUCAAUGUGCUUUCCUGUACAUAUGGUGUUAGCAUGAUCAAACAGUGUUUGGUUGUAAAAGUGGUUUUCCUACUCCCAUAACUGCUGUGGUAUGGAAUUCAUUAACGAUGCCAAACAUUAAAGACAAUCUUUUAUCAGC